AUGGGCGCGCGGGGCGCGCGGCUGCUGCUGUGGCUGCUGCUGAGCCGCGUCGGGCUCGGGGGCGCGGGUUCCGAGGAGCUGGCGGUGCUCUCAGCGCCGUGCGGCCACCGGGAUAUCGAGUCGCGCGUGGUGGGCGGCAGACGCUCCCUGCGCGGGCGCUGGCCAUGGCAGGGCAGCCUGCGUCUGCGGAAAGCCCACGUGUGCGGGGCCAGCCUGCUGAGCCGCCGCUGGGUGCUCACGGCCGCGCACUGCUUCGAAUCGUCCAUCAAUCCCAGAGAGUGGACCGUCCAGUUCGGGGAGCUGACUGUCAGGCCACAUGUCUGGAAUCUGCGGGCCUUUCACAACCGUUACCAUGUAAAGAAAGUCAUACUGAACCCCCAUUUUAGGGGGUCUUUUUCCAAAGACAUUGCGCUGGUGAAGUUGGCUACUCCUGUCUCCUACAAGUAUCACAUCCAGCCCGUCUGCCUCUGAGCCUCCUCCUUCGAGUUCCAGAACAGGACGGACUGCUGGGUGACCGGCUGGGGGGAAACAAAAGAGAGUUUGACAAUACCGAAGCUUCCCUAUAGACUUCAGGAAGUGCAGGUCUCCAUCAUAAACAUCUCUACGUGUCAGAACAUGUACCAACAGCCCGAUUUCCUCUAUGACAUCGAGGAAGACAUGCUUUGUGCUGGCAGUGAAGAUGGCAGCAGAGAUGCCUGCAGGACCAGGGCCCCUGCCCCGAGUAGUGCUCCUCUCGCCUGGCGCAGCCCUGAAUACAGAAUGAGGGGGGCUUCCUGCCACCAGAUCCUGCUCCUGCUGCUGCUGGGAGCUGCGGGGCCCCGGGAGGCCGCAGCCUGCGGGCAGCCCCGCGUGUCGAGCCGCAUCGUGGGGGGCCGGGACGCUCGCGACGGAGAGUGGCCGUGGCAGGCGAGCAUCCAGCACCUCGGGGCGCACGUGUGCGGGGGCUCGCUCAUCGCCCCCCAGUGGGUGCUGACGGCGGCGCACUGCUUCCCCAGGCGGGCGCAGCCGGCGGAGUACCGCGUGCGCCUCGGGGCCCUGCGCCUGGGCCCCGGCUCGGCCGCGCUCUCGGCGCCCGUGCGGCGGGUGCUGCUGCCGCCGGACUACGCCGAGGACGGGGCCCGCGGCGACCUGGCGCUGCUGCAGCUGCGUCGCCCGGUACCCCUGGGCGCCCGCGUCCAGCCCGUCUGCCUGCCCGCGCCCGGCGCCCGCCCGCCCCCGGGGGCACCGUGCUGGGUCACCGGCUGGGGCAGCCUCGGCCCGGGAGUGCCCCUCCCGGACUCGCGACCCCUGCAGGGGGUGAAGGUGCCGCUGCUGGGCUGGCACACCUGUGACCGCCUCUACCACGUGGGCACCGACCUGCCGCGAGCAGAGCCCAUAGUGCUGCGGGGGAACCUGUGCGCAGGUUACGUCGAGGGCCGCAAGGACGCCUGCCAGGGCGACUCCGGGGGACCUCUGGCCUGUAUGCAGUCUGGGCGCUGGGUCCUGGUGGGUGUGGUGAGCUGGGGCAAGGGCUGUGCCCUGCCCAACCGCCCAGGGGUCUAUACCAACGUGGCCACUUACAGCCCCUGGAUUCAAUCCCGCCUCAACCUGUGAGGCCGCAAUGCUGACCUGGAGCCAGAUGCUGGGGUCCCUCAGUCUCCUGGCCCAACUGGAGACCUGCUCAUAUCCCCAGCCUGCCCUUUCUGCAGCUGCAGCCAUCCUUCCCCCCAUCCCUCCCUCCCUCCCUCGUGUCCAUUGCCUUGCCUCCUCUCCUCCUUGGGGCGCACCAAAUCUGACCCUGCCAACCCUCACCUGGGAAAUUUAACAUGGGUCUUGGCAGCUCACACUCCCUCCUUCCCUUCCUUGUGUGUGUGUUCUUACCCCACUUACCUCUGCCCAAGGUUGGGCGCUGGGUGCCCAGAGAUGAGCGAACCAGCAGUGCCUGGUCUGGCUCGGUGGGCCCAUUUUUCUGCAGGAAGUCAGAGAUUUGAAACUUGAAAGGGAUUCCUCAGUGGGGAGAGUCUCCGCUGCUGGCUUUGAAGAUGGAGGGGCCACUUAGCAAGGAAUGCGGGAGGCCUGUUCCAGCUGAGCACUGUCCUGGCUGACAGCAGAGAAAUAGAAACAUCUGAUCUACAACCAUGAGGAACAGCUUUCUGCCAACUCCCUGAAUGAGCUUGGAAACAAAUUCUUCCCUAGAACCUCCAGAUAAGAGCUUGGCGAGACCCUGAGUGGGGACCCCAGCGGAGGCCACCAGCCUUCUAACCCACAGAACUGUGCUCUUAAUAAAA